AUGGAGUCCCAGUCGCUUACGCUAAGGCCACGAACUGAGGCUGCACGCUUGAGGCUUGUCCUGUUCUUGAUCCUGCAAACCUUCAACAACAUCCAUCGCAAAAGGCACUGUCGCCCUGACGUGGAUAUUAAGGAAUUAGCAUUUGAGUUUGUGCAUGGGCUGCACACCACAAGUACGGUCCCUUCGGGUUUCCCACAGCCCUUGAAAAAUGUAAGGGCUCAAAGAUACCCACGUUACGAAAGAUCCAGAUCCCCGCGUGAUCGCUCACCUGACCGAUUCGACAGAGGCGGCGCACAAUAUGGCGAUGGUGACAGACGCCGACCGUCUGAAGUCCGACCGGGCAAUGGUGGCUUCCCGCCAAAUCGCGACUUUGGCGAUCCAUUGCGGCGCGAGCCCCCUCGUGGUCCAAAAGCCUUGAUCGAUGCACCUAGUGGGCCCCGUGGCGGAGGAUUUGGAGGAGAAUUUAGAGGACGGGGUCGCGGGCGCGGUCGCGGAUGGUCUUCAAGAGAUGACAGUCGAGACCGAGGUCGAGACAGGGACAUGGACUUUCGUGACCGUUAUCGCGAUGACCGAAGCCGUGAGCGUGAUCGCGAGAGGGACUGGCGCGAGCCCAGAGAUUUUCGAUCACGUCGUUCUCCUAUUGGUCGCGCAAGAUCGCCUAAUCGAGACUUCCGAGACAGAGACCGCGAUGGACCUCUUGGCGUAGACGCAGAUAGAUCCCGGCGUGGCUCUCGAGAUGGGGGGCCGCCUUCUGCAGGAUCAUCAUCAUCUGAUCCCCAAUUCAACAUGGCGCCUUAUGCUCGUGGUGGAGGUUUCCAUCGAGGUCGUGGGCGAGGAAGGGGAGAUUGGUCUUCAGAAAGAGGUCGUGGAAGAGGACCAUAUAUGGAGGAUAGGGGCGAUCGCUACCCACGCAGUCGAUCUCAAGAGGGUCGAUGGGGGAGAGAACGCGAUGAAAGAGACCGCAUGGAGCGCAUGGAUCGUUAUGCUGACCCAGAUACCCGACACAACAACCGAGGAGACGAACGCGGAGACCCUCGAGAUCGUGAAUUGUUCAGGAAUAAAAUGGAAGCUCGCGCCAACGCGGGCCACGAUUCAGGACUCUCUAGUAAAGAGGUAUCGCCGCCGCCUCCUGUUGCGCCAUCCGCUCCCGCUUUUGGACCUUCGGCUGGUCGACUGAGUAUAGGAGAGGGAUAUGUUUCUGCCAGCGCUGCCACGAAGAUACCACCUACCGCACCCCGAGCUUUUGGCGAUCGUCCUCCGUCAGCUGGACAUGAUCCAGCUAUGCCUCCUAUGGGUAUGGGCAUGGGUAUGGGUAUGAGUAUGGGCAUGGGCAUGGGCAUGGGAAUGGGAAUGGGAAUGGGUAAGACGAUGCUUCACGAUGGUCCUUCAAUUCCGGUCGGCCCACGAGCCCAGCAACCUCCACCACCGAGACCUUCCAGUAAGCAAUGGAUCAAUCCAAACCUUAAAAAGGCACCCGAUUCGCCCAAGAUGAUGAGGUCCCCGAGUUUCGUACAGCAACGACCAGCUAUGCGACGUGGUAGUUCUCAGUACGAUCAUUAUAACGAGGAUGAGAGGCGACCGCGUAGUAGCGAUGCAAAGUCAGACACUCAUUAUGACAAUCGGGCUCGAUCUAAUUACAGCGCGGAGCCAGGAGAAAUCACCGUCAAAUCCGAGCGAGAAUCGCAAUCUGCAAGAGCAUCGAUCGACAGAGAUACACGACCUAUUAAUGCUUCUAGACGGGAUUCCUAUCGCUCGGGUCCAUCACCCACCAUGGAGAACAUGCCGAGAUUCAGCCAAAUAGCUGAAGAACGUGCAAGAGAGAUGAGAGAACCCCCGAAAGAAGCACCAAGGCGGAAACGUGUUCGACCAACUCUCAAGGUGGUCAGGUUCGAAGUGCCCCCUAAACCAGCGCCUGUGGAACAGAACUCGGAAUCUGAUGACGACGACGACAUGGCCGACUACUUCGAUAUGGAAAUUGGGAAAACGGAGGCUGAACUGAGCAAACUCGAGAAGCCGAAGUUACCAACUCAGGUUAUAGCUCGGUUUGCCGCUCUUUCCCAUGGCUCAAUGGUCAAGAUUGUCGGGGAACAGGACGAGCUACUGAAGAUGGUGGAAGAACUUCCCGAGGCGGCCAACAAACUUGCCGUUGAGAAAACCAAGGAACCCGUGCCCGAAGAACAAAAUGAGAAACCGGACGUCGAAAUGACAGAUGCUAUCGAAAACGCCACUCCAGUCAAACCCGAGCCCCCGCAGCAGCCACAACAGGAAGACAUAAAGCUAGAGCUGGAGCCGGAGAUUCAUGUCAGGAGGUCGGAGGAGCCAGUCGUCGAGUUGGCCCCGAAGCCGUUGCCAGAGGCCACUAAAGAGACGACGGAGCCAGUCAUCGAACAGCCGACCGAGAAACCCGAGAAGUCCUUGGAAUCUGUUGCAAAACCCGCUGAGAAGCCAGCCGAGACACAGCUUGAUGAACCCAUCGCGCAACCUGACAAGAAAUCAGUUCAGCUGGCCAAACAUGCAAGCAAGGACCUGGAGGAAAGUUCUAACGAGAAGCCUGUUGAGAAGGUUAUCGAGAAGCCUGUCCAGGAUGUUGUCGAAGAUUCUGCACCUGAACCUGUUGUGGAAAAUGCCAAACAAGGACCUGUCGCUUCAGCAUCUGAACCCGAGGCUGAAAAAAUGGAUAUCGACGAACCCGCCGUCGAGGCUGCACCAGCUGCGCCCGAGACCACGAUACCUGUUACUGAUAGGACAGUCAAAGAUCCAGUUCCUACGACAUCUGAAACUGUCGCCAAAGAGCUCCCAGUUGAGCCUAUGGAGAUAAGUGACAUGACUAUACGCACGAGCAAUGAAGCUCCUGCAGAGAAACCUGAAGAAGAGAAACCAAGUGAGAUGUCCGUGGAGACUCGUCCUGAGACGCCUUCGCAAGUGCAGGCAGAGAGGCCGAAUGAUUCUCCUUCAGAAACCUCCCCAGGAAAGCGCAACCAGACUGUUGUAGAAACGCCGGUGAAAGCACCUGCCGAACCUCAAUUCCAGACUCCCGCAGAGAAGUCUGAAGUCACUCCGCACAGGCACAUUAGGAGCGAAAACACCCCUCUUUCUGUUAUUGCGCCAAAUAUUGUUUUGCAGACAACCGAGACAGCUUCGAAGCCUCCCAGCACACCGUCACAGGUCGAUGACGACGAAACCGAGUCUGAGGACGAUUCUUUCAUGAAUUUGGACACUGUCCGACAAUAUAUGACCACGCCGCCGAUUGAUAGCCUUCCUAACUUCAGUUGUCAACCCUGGGACCAGGACAAGGAGUUUAUGAGCAACCUUGAAUCAGACUCGUUCCUAGACGACUUUGUUCUUGAGCACUUCGAUAAGCUGCAUUUGGAGAAGACUGCGGAACAGGGCCACGAUAAGAAGAUCUACUCUGAAAACUACCAUCAUUACCUGGACUUUACCAUGUCAAACGACCCUGCUGCUGUAAAGAGCCGUGGAAAGUUUUCGGUCUCGACAGGCAUUGAAUUCACCGGCACAGUGACUCCUGAACCAAAACAUGAGGGAAGCGGUCGUGGGCGUCGUUUCGCAACUGAGCGAGACCUGGAACGAGUAUUGCAGGCAUCGAUGCGCGAAGAUGAGGAGAGGAGAGAGCGCGAGCUUCGAAUGCAGCAAGAAAAGUACCGCACGGAUAAGGAAGCCGUCAUUCCAGAUAUGAUUUGGACACAGGAAGAAAAGGACAGUACCAACUAUAUUGACAAGAGUGGAUACACGCCUGUUGACCGUUUGGUAUCAGCAUGGCGUAUCUUGCCUCCAGUCAAUAAUUUCACCGAGGAAGAGGCCAAUCUGUUCGAGAAGAGAUACUUGGAAGCACCCAAACAAUGGGGCAGGGUCGCGGAAGCUAUCCCUCAUCGCAACUUUGGCGCCUGCAUCCAGUAUUACUACAUGAAUAAGAAGAACCUCAACCUGAAAGAGAAACUCAAGAAGCAGCCUAAGAGGCGCAGAAAGGGUAAAGCGAAGCAACGGUCUAGUGCACUGGUAUCGGAAUUGGGUAAUGGCGACGGAGAGACGGAGGAAAACCAUGACACAGGAGAGAACGGUGAGAGAAGACGACCACGACGAGCGGCUGCGCCGACUUGGGGAUAUGAACAACCUCCAAUUGACACAGAGGCCUCGACGCCCAAUGCUACACCUGGCAGGCGCGGAGGUUCUGUAAAGGUUGAUCAUCCCGAAAAGGUGGACGGAAGAAAGAGACGAAGAGGUCCAAAGGAGAAGGAGCCCAAAGCUCCGAAAUCAAACCAGACUUUGGCUGCGGCACCAGGACCUGCCAAGGGGCGCUCGAGAUCUAACUCAAGAGCGCUCAACACAGAUGGCACCACGACUCCUUUGCCACUCCCCGAAGGUCAUCGUCUACCAACUCAGUUCGAGCAGCACCCAGCCGGAAUACAGCCUCCUUUCUCUGUACAACAACAGCCCAUACAGACUUUGGAACGUCCUCCCCCUGUUGCCUCGGCGUCCAUUUCUGAGGUUAUGGCAGCACCAUCACUUCGACCUGACCCGCCUCCUCAGCCAGCAAUGGCCACUUUCAACCUGACUCACCAACCAUCAGAGCGUAAAGCACCGACACAAGCAUCCAGUUAUUGGAGUGUGUCUGAAUCUAAUGACUUCCCACACCUCCUGCGCUCGUUCGGCUUGGACUGGACAGCUAUUGCAGCCCACAUGGGCUCUAAAACUGCUGUUAUGGUGAAAAAUUAUUAUGUCCGUCAAAAGGACCAAGGCAAAUCCGAAUGGGAGGGACUUGCUCUUGAAGCUGAGAGAAAGAAAGACUGUGGUGAGAAAUUGCCCGACCCACCUCAGCCAUCAACAGGAGGGCGAGGAAGGAGAUACGACAGCUCAACAGCUGCUUCUCGGCCUCUUGCUGUUGCUCCGGGAAUUGAAAUGCACAGUGAAGCACCACAGCCCAAGAUGGAGCCUGCUGGUCAGCCUCCUCGUGGUCCGCAAUUCUCAACCUUUGGGGGAGUUCCUAUUGCACAGGCUCCUGCCCAGCAGCAGCAGCAGCAGCCACUUGUUCAGUCACAACAGCCUAUGGUCAGUCAGCAUCCUGUAGCUCAACCGGUUGCUCAGGUCAUGUCACCUGUCCCAAGGCCAUUGCAAGCACCUGUACAACAAUUCAGACUGAACGAACGCGAGCCCGCAGCUCGCGUGCCGCUUCCACAGAAGGCCUCCUCCAGACCUCCUGGGGUGGAGUCACGAGAGCAACGGCCUCUGGCUGCUGCUCAGCCACUACAGCCGUCUCGAAACGAGGCUGCUAUGAUGGAACACAAUGCCAUGAUGGAACGUCAGAAGAUGGAGAUGCAGAUGCGAGAACAAGAGCAACAACGCGAGCUAGCUCGACAGUCAGAAAGGCAAACUUUGCGCGUCAAGCAGGAGCGCGAGAUGACACCACAGCCUCAUCAUUACGAGCCGUAUGGCCAUCAUCGCCAACAGGGAAGCCUCGGAAGCCUGGGUGGCCAACCAAUGCCAAGGCCGCUACAGGAGUCUGGACGUCCUCAAUCGUAUGGUCCUCCUGUGCAGCAGCAACAGCAGCAGCAAGCUCCUGUUCAGCCUGUACGAAACCUAAUGGGCGAACAACCUCAGGCGCGGUCGCCUCAGAUGGGCACGCCUACUAGCCGUCCUGUGUCUUCUCUCCAGCAACGACCCUCUUCGGGUUCAAUGCACGAUACAUUUGGCUCAGUGACACCCCAGUCUGGCACUCCAGUUCAAACUCCAGCAGCAGCACCAACUCGUCCGCCAGAGCCUCGUAAGGGAGGUCUCAACAUUAUGUCGCUGCUCAAUGACGAUGAUCCUCCUCCCCAGCCCAAGCGAGUGAACGAUGUGACGAGCACUCCUGCAAGACCCUCGCCCACCCCUCCACCGCAAACUAACAUGGGUGGCCGUCCACUCCCAGGACCAGCACCCCCGUCACAAAUUCGACGUGAGCCAGAAUCAUACUCACCCUACGCUCGAGGUACACCAGGAAUGCCACCUCUCAAGCCAACUUUUGCGGAUUCUCCUCAGCCCCAGCAUAUGGGCGCCUCGAGGGCGUCGAUCGGAGUAUCGCACGAAGCUGCUGCCGCUGCGGAACGGGACUACUAUAGGCAGAAUCCUUACCAGUCAGCAAACCACAGCCGGACAAACUCACCUCAAGGUGGCCAUCGCUACCCUCCCCCAGGCCCCCCUCAGUAUCAGAAUCAAGGAUACCCGACGUCAUACGCCUCUACAGGUCAGCCAGCACAUGCUGGAUCACCGGGUGGUCAGUAUGGCCAUCCGCCAUCCUCUUCUCGUUCAAGAGAGGUCCCGCAGGGUGGCCGUGAAACUUCAUGGCCUUCGCCGGCCCAACAAGGUCAUCCCAGCAUGCAGCAGCCUGCCGGUUGGCCAUCGCAACCAAACACAUCACAACCACCGCCUCAGCAGCAGUCGUGGCCCCCGCAGCAUCCUUCAUCCAAGCCUCAAACACCAGGGCCGUCUUGGGCCGCAUCACAACCACCUUCUCAGCCACCACCUCAACAGGGUCACCACAUGCCCAUGAGAGAUGAUGGACGAGCCCCUUACUACCCUGGCGGAGGUAACAUGCCACAGCAACAUCAGAUGCAGGGUCGCUACCCGCCUCCAGUCUCGCGCGGGCCUGAACAAGUGCCCCCGCCUGGGCAAGGAUACCCCCGUUAUGCCUCUACUCCUGGUCCUGGGCAGCCACGAGAUCACAGAGAAAUGUCUGGUCGCAGCUUUACGCCUGCGUAUGAUGCGCGUGGGCCACCCCCUCAAGGAGGUCCUGUAUACCCUGGCCAUGACCCCCGAGAUCCUAGAGACCCCCGAGAUCCAAGGGAUCCUCGAGACAUGAUGAGAGGAGCAUUGAGACCGCACGAGUUCGAGAGACAUCCGGAUCCUUAUAGUAGAAGAUGA